AACGCACUCGGCUGCAUGCAUUAUUUGUACCGUAUACUGCUGUGCGCUGGCUCGCUCCGCCUUGGCUUCAGCCUGGUGAAACGCUCUACCGGUACGUUCACCGAAUUACCUGAAUGAAAUAUAAGGUUCUCAGUCUCGCCGCAUGCACGGCGCACAAUAAUUACCGGUAAUAAUUUAGCUACCUAAUCAAGAAGAGGAUAUGGCGGACGAGGAAGGAGGGAGGAAGGAACCGAAGGGUGCCUCUCCAGGUACCCGACUUGUUAGGAGAAGAGAGUAUGACAAAGAGUACGAACUUUCGCGAAAGAAGAGGGGAACAAUCAGAGUACAUGGUGAGGUUUUCGAGCGCUGGAGUGAGCUACGUGGAGCAAGAGGACUGUCCAAUGACCAGUUUUUGUCCCUCUUGCUGGACAUGUCUGAAGAAAAGGAAGUAACGACUGACUCAGAGCAAUCAGUGGUGAAGACAGUUCAGACAUCAACUCCUGGCAAAGAUGGAACUGAGGUCCAAGUUCUUCUCGAUAGCUCCUCAGAUGAUUUAUCCAUGCCGUCAUCACUUCAUUCAAAACACUCCUCAGAUGAUUUAUCCGUGCCGUCAUCACUUCAUUCAAAACAGCGUGUAUCUGGAGCACUGUCAAGUCCACUGCAGCAGGAAGAACUUGAUAUUGACAAUGCAGAUGUUCAUGAAGAAGCUGAUGCAACAAUGGAGACUUCCCUGAAGCACAUUGAUCAGCAAGGUCAGAGGUCAGAUGACGUUGAAUCUAACACUCCAUCAACAAUACACGGUCAUCAAGAUGAAACCAUCUGUCUGACCAAUUCCAUGGAGAUAGAAGACGAAUGUGCAGGAGAUGAUUAUACCAAUGAAAAGAAUGAUGAGGAUGAUGAUGCUACCACUGAGAGGAAGGAGAUGGAUCCAUCAGAGGAAAGGGAGCCUGAAAACACCAAUAGUGAUGAUUUCUGUGAUACCAUGGAUAGUGGUGAUGGUCUUCAUAGCGACGAGAUGGUGGUUCUUCUGUCAGAAGGAGAGCUCAAGUUUGUUAUAAAGCAAGAACCUGAAGACACCGAUGGUGAUACCAACAUCGAUUGUCUUGAUUCCUUCCUUCCAUCAGUACAUACGGAGCUCCAAUGCUUUAUGAAGGAAAAGCCUGUUGAUAUUGAAGAGGAACGCCCGAUUUCUAAUACAAAGGAAGAGUCUGCAGACAGUUAUGAACGAUCUUUUCUGCAUGAACCACAAUUAUGCAGCAAUCAAGGUGGGAAUCCAAGUAUUCAGAGCACCUCUCAAGGAACUGAAAACAAAGGGGAUAUAUCAGGUGAUACAUCAUGUGACAGGUCACAUGGGAAACAUAUUCAAGAGAAGUUUCCACUGCAAUCCCUUCUUGGAAACCAGUCAGAUUUAACUGAGAGAGGUGGCAGCUCAUCAAGUGAGUCUCUGGUACCAAACAAAGUGGACUCUCCCGAAGGAGAGAGUGCUACUACGAGUUCCUCCGUAUUAAAUGGUGAUGGUAGAAAAUUGGAUGGGAAUACAGACAGCACAGGAAAUAUGUUUUGUUGUUCAAUCUGCAAUGAAGAAUUCAAAAGCCGGGAUUGUUGGUGGAGCCAUGUGAAGAUCCAUUGGGAAGAUAAGUCUUACAAAUGUACCUACUGUGAGGAAAGAUUCCGGAAACACAGCGAUCUAAGGAAUCACUUAACAAUCCACGCUGAGGAACGGUUGAAUGUCAGCGACAAACUCCUUGAUGGUGACUCAAAUCUUCAAUCAAGUGUGCUGGUUUAUAUCAAAGAAAGGCAAGAUCAAUGCUCAAGUAAAGAUAAGAGUUCCAAAGAGGAUGCAUACAUGGAAGAGUACUAUAAGUGUUCCAGUUGUGAAUGGCUGUUCAAAUCCUCUGAUGCCCUGAAGAGGCACAUGGUAUCAUAUCACACACUGAAAAGCCAUAUGGGAAUCCACAAAGAAAAAGUGCAGUACUAUCAGUGCUCUGUCUGUAAACAAUCAUAUCACAUGCUUGGUGAGCUGAAAAGACAUAUGAGAAUUCACAAAGAAAAAUUCCAGUACCAGUGCUCUGUUUGUGAGGCAGCGUUUAUCCGAUUAGUUAAGCUAAAUGCCCAUAUGCGAAUGCAUACGGAAGAAAGGCAGUAUGAAUGUUCUGAGUGUAAGGAAGUAUUCCACAAAGCUGAUCUGAUGAUGCAUGUCAGAUCACACGAUGUAGAGUGGCCAAAAAAGUGUUCUUCAUGUGAUGAAAGCUUUACCUCCUGGGCGCGUCUUAUUGGUCAUCGACUAAAACACACAGGAGAAAAACCAUAUUUAUGCUCCAUCUGUAAGGAAGAUUUUACAAGAAAAGUUGAUUUAGAUCGACACAUGGAGAUUCAUACGCAAGAAAAACCUAGUGAUGUGAACAAGAAUACAAGAUCAAGAGAAAAGUCAUUUGAGUGUACUCAGUGUAAGAAAGCAUUCUACAAAGCUCAUUGUCUCAAACGUCACAUCCGAAUCCAUACAGGAGAAGAACCAUGUAAGUGCGCUGAGUGCGGGGAGUGCUUUUCAUUUUGGGGGCAACUUAGAAUUCACCGAAUAAAAAAACACACUGGAAUAAAACCAUAUCUGUGCUCCAUUUGUGGGAAACAUUUAUUGCAAAGACAACAUUUAAUUGACCAUAUGAAAAUUCAUACGGGAGAAAAGCCAUAUACAUGUUCUGUUUGUUCAAAGAGUUUCAGAUCUAAAUCAUAUUUGAGGUCUCACAUUCUUAGAUGUCACUGACAUAAAUACGGUUGGAGCAGUGUGUGGGAUGAUAGCAAUAUUCUGAUCUGAAAGUUUGAACCCCCCUUCCCCCCCCCACACACUAAGGGCUAGGUUUAUGAACAUUCAUGCACAUACUGCUACCAUCUUUCAGUUAAAGAACUUUUUUUUUCAAUGUCUUAAAAUAAUGAUUUUAAUAUGCGAACGAGCUAAUUUUCAGUAGAGUGAAGACGAAACGUCCUAAAACCUCUUUCAAGUGGUGAGUAAUUAUCACAUCACGGGCAAUACAUAUGUGUGUAUUAAAAUAAGUACAUUAUAUACCAUCUUUCAGUUAGAUGCCUAUCAUGAAUUUGUUUGAUGGCUAAUAGUGUAAUGGAUUUGUCAGGAUAUAAAGAAAAAAAAGAAGUAAAUUAACAGAAAUGCAGCGAGUGAGCAUUUUUGCGAGCCUUGAAAAAGUUGCUUCUGAACAGUCGUUUAAAAUGAUGUGCAUAUAGAUUUUGAUAAAGGUAAAUUAUCAAUUUAAUCUACAGAAGAAAAUGAAAAAGAAAUAUAAAGAGACAGUAUUAAACAGUCCAUAUUUUGUUCAAUGAAAACCAUUUGAAGGUGAGAUCAGAAUAAAAAAAGGGAAUCAUUAUUAUUGGGAUCAACCCUGAUUAAACUGGGGGGGGGUGGUCAAUUUGACACCCCUUGACAAAUUUUGUUGCUAUGCCGCUGCGCAAAUGUUUUUGACCAUGCCGUUCGCUGACUUUUCUUUUCCAGUCUUGCGCAUCUUUUGAGACCAAAUUUGUGACGCCUGGGUAUGCGGUUCCGAAAUUACGCAAAAUUUUAUAAGCGCAUGUCAGUCCCACAAUUGCUCAAAAACGUGAUUCCGUGUACAAAGUCAAUACAAUACAUAAAUGUAUGAUUAUUUUUACUUUUGUUAUUUAUGAUCGCAAAAGGGUCCCCGACAAAGUUAAGAAAAAAAAAAAAACACUAAAAAACAAAUAUUUGAAAAAACAAGGAAAUACAUAAUUUUUUAAAACAUGAAAUGCAUAGGAAAUUAAUAAUUUUUUGUUAGAUUUUUAUUAGAGUAUAUAAAAUGAGUUAAAGGCAAAGACAAGUCUUAACCAAGGUUAAAUUUUUAGGGUAUGUUUUUGAUACUACAUGUAUUGUAUAGAGUGCAUUUUUUUACUUGCAUACAUGUAAUAUGGCACAAAUGAAGGUCUUGUGUGUUAAAAGACCCACAUGGCCCUCGUCUACGGCCAAUAUGAUUAGAUUGUUGUGUGAAAUGUAUUUGAUGUUCCCCUCAAGGCCAGCCAAUAUUAUCAUAAUUAUAUAAAUGUUCAUUAUUGUGGGGAUGUCGCAGCUGAGUGGUUAUGACUUCUUUCAAUCAGAGGGUUCUAAUCCCAGCCGUGAGGUAUUUUCCUUCUGCAAGAAAUUUGCCACAUUGUGCUGCACUCAACCCAGGUGAGGUGAAUCAUGCCUGGGUGCCCGUGCAGUAUUAAUUCUUUGAAAUGCACUGGGUGCUUAAAGGGAACUUGAGCUAGAGAUUUGGAAUGAAUUAUUCCUGAUAGGUGCAGCUAAAUGAAUGUAUAUUAUAAUAUUAUCAUUAUUAUAAUAAUUAUUUGUAGCACUUUUAGUGUUACUGACAUCAUUAUCAUUAUUACUAUUACCGGUAUUAUUGACCUGAUGAAGGCCAGCAUCACCAAAAGCAUAUGAAUAAAUAGAAAGACGACAUCAA